AUGAUGUUUGAUAAAUUUCAUCACCAAAGCGGUAGUAAUCCUACCUCUCCGCCUUCGGGAUACUCAAAUCAAGACUCAUUAUCUUCUACGUCAUCGUCGUCAUCGUUUGCUCCUCGAGUCUUCAAUGUCAAUAAUAACGACAUUGUUCAUGCACGUCUAGUCAUCCUCGAUGGUACUGCCGGUCCCCAGCAGGGUGGUGCUAAUUCAUCGGUUGUUGUUUACCAUCACGUCAACUCGUUUCCUUCACAGCGGUUUCAAGUAACAGAUGGAUAUUUUAAGGCGUUUGUGCAUUUAAAUCCAGGCGUCAAUAAUCUUCGCAUCGUUUGGAGCAAUGGUGAUGAUGAUGAACAGUCGCCUAGUUCGCAGCUGACUCUAAACUACGUGCCUCUUUUGCAAAACCCUCCCUUGCAUUAUGCCUUGAUUGUGGCUAAAGACAGCCCCUUUCUUUUUGACUCACCCACUUAUAAAAAAGAGCAAGAAGGAGGUAAUGGGCUUGACCUGGCUAUCAAAAAGGUCCGUCUGGCUAGUUAUAUGAUGGCUGCGUAUACUGGUGAGCAAAUGCGCCGAGCUGGGUUUGGUCAUCGUACAUUUAGACCUCACGAAGAGUACGAUAAAGACACACUUUCUGACCGAGACCGAAGUCUGCGAUCAACAACCAAAGUGCAUGUCAUUCAAAGUAACUUGACAGUUGAUGAGAUUCGCGACCCGAAUCGUGCCCAGCAGAAUUCCCAAGGUACAGACAGGGGAGCGCUUUUUGGAAUUGCAUUGGAUGCUAUCCGCAACUCUGGGAAUGACUUGUUUGCUGACAAGGGCGAAAAUGUGAUGGUUGCUGCCAUCAUUUUGGAUGGCCAUUGGGACGUGCAGCGAAAGCUUAUUGUGGGGCAUGCGGCUUUGGGUGGUAGUUCAGGCCACAUCCGCUUGGGAAUUUUUGGGUCGCAUGCAUUGUGGUCAUUCCCAACGAGCAUUGAGCAAAUCACCCCGUGCUAUUUGGAUGAAACACGCGUGGACACAAACCAAAUUGCUAAAGAUUGUAGUGGUGAAGGCACUGCGUGGGAAGUUUACAAUGUCGGGUUUGGUGCGUGGCUGCACGAAAUUGGGCACUUGCUUGGAUGUCCACACCAGCCUUAUGGAAUUAUGUUGCGCGACUGGUACAUUAAUCGAUCAUUUAUGUCACGCGAAGGAUAUGCAUCUGGUCCAAAGACUAAUGGUAAGCGACCUAUUCGUGCCAAGGAUGAGAGUGUGUGGCAUCCUUUAGAUUUGCUUCGGUUUAGAUUCCAUCCGGCGUUUAGAUCACCCUUUGAGAACCGGGUGGAGGGCUCUAAGAUUGGAUUUUUCCCAUUGGAGAAUGGCGUUUUGGUGCGCACCAUGACGGGUAUUUACCUUGUGGAAAUUUACGUUGAUGACAAACUUCAAGGUUGGCUUAAAUUUUUGAGUCCUCAGCAGGAAACGUUUUUGUUUGAAGAUGACCUGCUGGGCCAAGUUCAAGACCUCGGGGCCCGUGAUCCUAAUAAAAAGCUCACCAUUAACGUGCUUGGUCUUGGAGAGUCACAAGAGACUGUGCAGGAUUUCCGAGAGCUUGCUCGUAGUGAUCAGAUCCACGACACUUUUUUCCGCAACCGCGGAGUGGUUACUGGGUUCCGGUCGCUGCCCAUUGGUAGUGCCAGUGGUCAGUUACAAACCGCUAUUUUCCCGCCCGACAUUCGCGGUGUUAAUGUGCGCUGCGGUGCUUGGAUUGAUGCAAUUGAGUUUAUUCCUUGCAAUGAUAAUGGCGACCCUGCCAAUGGUCCUCAGCGGCCUCGCGUUGGUGGAACUGGAGGCGGAGCAAACCAGUUUUUGUUCCAAGAAGGUGAAUAUCUCGUGGGCUUUUUCAUUCGUGCCGGAGCAUGGCUUGACGCGGUGCAAAUCAUUACCAAUAUCCGACGCAGUCCGAUCUAUGGAAACUCUCAGGGCGGUGGGCCAUUUGAGCUGUAUCCUCCACCUGGAUAUGAGCUUGUUGGCAUCAAGGCCCAUGUUGAAAGCUGGCUCAAGUCAUUUUCCGUGGUUUAUAUUUCGAAAGAUUAG